AUGUGUGCGUUCCUAACCUCGGAGGAGUACUUUGGCCCCGAUGCGGACACGUUCUCACCUGAGAGGUUCAUGGUGCUUGAGGAGGAUGAGAGGAAGAGGAUGGAGAGGAAUGUGGAGUUGGCUUUUGGGAGUGGACAGUGGAUGUGUGUGGGGAAGACGAUUGCGUUUAUGGAGCUGUUCAAGAGUGUUUUUGAGGAGAGGGAGAUGGGAGGGGAUUGUGCUGAUCGUGAGAUUUUGUCGUAUGGGGUGUUUUUGGAGACGAAUCUUAUGGUUAUAGGGUGA